AUGACAACCAUCUGUAAGAAGAGCACCAACCCAACAAUUACACCUGCAAUUACAGUAGAAAGAGGAGGUGGAGAAAUAUGUGAGAUUUGUACAAGACUAUCUGGCGGUGGAGUUUUCACUUUAGAAAAAUGUCAGGAUGUGCAUAACUUGAAAACCAAACUUUACCAAACCCAAGAAACUUUUUGUGCCAAUUUUUACGAUAAACAACAAACUGUUGAAGCCCACCAUGAAAUUUUUGUCAUUAUGUUCCCUACAUUGCCGUCAUUCAGUCCUCUAGUUAUGCUGAUUAUACAUAGCUUUCAAUACUCACGUGAUCCAGUUUCUUGGUUCAAUGGCUUGUUGGAAAAUGCAGUGUUCUUUAUAGAAAAAGAAUCAAUAUUUCCAAAUGAGUCAUGGAAACGACAAGAAGAGGGUGGAAAAUUUUCUGAAAAAAUAUGCUGGAAGCUACAAAUAGCAAUGAAAUCUAUUGGUCAAUUCAACCCAGAAUCAAAAACUGGGCUAGAUCAAUAUCUAAAAUGA